AUGGUCUCAGUGGAGAGUGAUGCUGAAAUUAACGAGGGAAAAAGCGUUGCUCAAGUGAAAACAGCUGGAAAUGAAGAAGGAUUUGAUGAUUCAAUUGAUGAUUCUGUGGAUGAAGAUGACGAAGAAGAUGAGGAUAAUGAUAACGAGGACCAAGGUGAAGAGGAAGAUGAUGACGAUGAGGUUGAUGUCGAGGAAGAUGACGGCGUUGGUGCAGAUGAAGAUGAAUUGGAUGAAGAUGACGAAGAGGAUGAAUUCGCUAGUGAUGCACAAGAAGAUGAUGAUGACCAAGCGCUAUCAGAUGAUGACGAUGAUGCCAACUUUAAGAUAAAUGAUGUCGACGACGACGACGUUGAUGAACCUGAAGAUGAAUUACAAACACCUGUCCCACAAAAGAAACGUUCCUUAAGUCUGAAAAUUAAACUCCCAACCUCGAAAAGAGAGCGUAAUCCAAUAAAGGAUGACUUAGAUGAUGAUUUUGAUGAUGAAAUUGAAGUGAAGAAACCAAAGAAGGCUAGAAAGAUAACUCAAACAAAACCAGAUCCACCGGUUUCAAAGAGAGGUGUAGGAAGGCCAAAGAGAGUUGCCACAAAUGAUGUCAACUAUGAUGAUGAAGAUGAUAUAGUAUCUGAUAGUGAAAAUGUUAUUCCAACUCCUGCCCUUGAUGAUGAAUUGUUAUUGACAGAUGAAGAAACUGAGUAUACGCCAGAUGUCACGAAAAUGACUGAAAGACAAAGGGCAAAACUAGAGAAUGAAGAAACAGGCGUAACACAACUACAAGACCAACAAUUGUUGUCACUAAGUAAUGAUGUUCACAAGAGAAGAGUAUUAACAGAUGAGGAAAAUCAAUUGAGAAAAGCAGAAAUUGCUAGAAAGCGUAAGAAUCUAACGGAAAGAAAGUUGGAAGAAGAGAAACAAGAAACCAUUAACAAAUUAUUGAAAAGAAGAGCUGGUAAAGUGAGUGCAGCUACCUUAAAAGAGGAUGAAGAGGUCAACUUGAAAGAGAAACCUAGACGGCCACAAAUUCAACACGAGGCUCUAUUUACGUGGGUCUCUAAAAAGGACACUCUAGCCUUACGGGUUCCAGAACCUUUGAUGGAUUAA